CCGAUGUAUCGAUAUUACGUGGGUGGUUUGUAUGCGUGUGUAUAUCUGGCAUCGACGCGAAGAAAAUAAACAUAAGUGCGUUGCCACUAAAUUCCUGGGCGUUGAGUUACUACAUCUCGAGUUGCGAUCGCGAGCCCGAUCCCGGUCCCGCCACCAUGUCCGCCUACUACAGCCACUACGCGGGGGACAACUACGACGACGAGUCGAUCGGCGACGAGCGCAGCGAAGAAGACACGGACGACGCCAGCGAGACGGAGUUCCGCAGCCCCAGCCGCUACGGCGGCACCAAUGGCACCUCCAACGCCAACAGCCUGGGCACCAACAGCGAACUGAAGGAACAGAUGUACCAGCACAAGCUGCUCAACCUGCAGAAGCAGAUGGAGGAACUGGGUCAGCUGGUGCACCCGGAGUACAUAAAGCGCGUGAAGAAGCUGGACAACCAACUGAAGGAGCGGCGGCGCCUGAACGAGAUCUACAAGGAGUACAUGCGCGAGUGCGUCGAGCGGGACUAUGUGCUGGAGAAGAAGGCCGCCCAGAAGGAGUACGACGAGAAGAUGAUGGACCUUAAGGACAACCUAAUCUCGGACUUUGAGGAUCGCAAGCGCCAGAUCGAGAACGAGCGCUUCAGCCUUGAGCUGACCAACGAUUCGAUGGAGAUCAAGACGACGGUCACGCGAAAGCUGCGUCGUCGGCCCAACGAGCCCCUGCCGGUGAUCGAGAAGCGACGCAAGCCGGCCACCGGGCAGCUGCUCGUCUACCAGCUAGACGACAAGGAGAUCGAGUCGGAUUUGAAGAUCAUCCAGCGGGGCAAGCCGCUGGCCCCCAACGCCAUCCUUCAGCAGAACGGCAUCGGCUCCUAUGGCGGCGGUGGUGGUGGUGGUUCCCAGCAGCAGCAGCCCAUGCACGGCCUUCUGGCCGAGCCGCCCGCCAACAGCGGCUACGUGGAGACCCGCAUCGAGGACAACAAGCUGCUGUACGAGCGAAGAUGGUUCUGCCGCGGCCAGCAGGUCUACGUGGAGGGCAAGGAGAUGAGCAAGUUUGCGGCCACCAUCACAGCGAUUGGCAACGAAGUGGUCUGGGUGAAGCGGACGAAUGAGACCAAGGUCAAGAUCAACAUGUCGCAUUUGGCUAAGGGGAAGAUCUCGAUAAAGCGGCGAUAGCUCCGCCGGAGGGUCGGGCGCCUCCAAAUAACGCCCGCCCCGCUAACUCAAUCAAGAUACACAUUUUAACUAAAUUAGCCAUAAGUGCAAAAGUAGUUUUAGUCUAGGUGUACAUUUUACCUAACGAUUAUCACAGAUUGUAUAUAAUAAAACAUCAGUUAUUUUGUA